GUGCUAUGAAUAUAAUCAAGAAGGGCAUAUUUCAAGGAAUUGUCCUACUAAAAUAUUGCAACCUCAACCUGACAAUCGAAGGAACAUAUUAACAAGUAACCAACCCGAGAGCCCUGAGAUUAGAGGUAUGAAUAUACAUUACCUUGAGGUUACAGAGGCAGUAAAGAAUGAAGUUGAUGAAUAUUUAAGAAUUGAGUUGAAAGAGGGUAAAUCGUUAUUUGAUAUAAGGAAUUUGGGCAAAGGAAGGCGCAUUGAAGAUGAUCAUGAAAUGUUAUCGUGGGCUCAAAAGAGCACUUAUGGUGAAAACUCUGAGGAAAUUGGACAAUUCAAAAGUGGAUCUAUAAUUUACAUUCCUAUCGCUGAAUUAACAAAUGAUUUGGAUAUUUUAAAAAUG